AUGAUCUACCGUAACGUGAUUGCAAGUUCACAAGGAAGGAACACGUUAUCAUCAUCAUUGCACAUGUUGUCACAACAUUUGGCCUUCCUCCCACUCACUCUUUGGUGUAUUCUCUUUGCAUUUCUUCUUCCUUUCACCACUUCUCAAUCCGUUUAUUUCGGUGGUCUUUACAGUCGAGAAGAUUCCACAACAUUCACUGGCUCCAAUGUUGGAACCUCUGAUGUGUUUAAAUUGCAAACAUCUCAAAGUUCACCCUAUUAUGAAGUCACUGACAGCUCUUCGAAUGCGUUGAGCUUUUCUACUCCAACCAUCUUGGGACGAAAUGGACAUGCCUUUAGCACACUAUUGUCUCGAUUCUCGGUAAGACUCAAUGAAAUGGAAAAAAACAUAGGUGUUCGAAUGACAAGCAAUGCAAUGGUCUCACUUCCUCUCAAAUAUCAAGAAAAUUCUGGCAAGCUCUGGCAAGUGAGUUCCAUUUCUGGAAAUAAUUUCAAAUUACAAAAUUUAACACCAACAGAUCAAAGAACAGCUAUUGCUGCCUAUGCAUUUAACAGCGACAAGAAUUUGUAUGAUGUUUACUUUGUUUUCUUUGACAGUGCUGGAACCACUAUUGGAAGUAUGUUGAGAGGCAUUAGCAGUGACAUGCAAACAAUUUCACUUGAAAAUUUUGAUACAUUUGCUCCAAUUUAUUAUUAA